CCCCCCCCUAUCCCUCUCAUCCAUCAUCUAUCCUCCCCUUCUCAUCUGAGUUGUUGCUUAUCAGUGGGGAGUCACCGUGCAUGGUGAUAUCCGAUUUCGAUUGACUUUUCCGUCCUUCCCCUCCCCCACCUUGCGCUGAGAAGUGCUUCUCGCUAGUCGCAAUAUGGCGCCCAUUCAAUCCGCUGGGGAAGCUGUGGCCAGAAUCGCCUAUCUUUCGAGCGAUGUCGUUCUGUCAGUGCAGCCCUCCCUGCAGGGCGAUUCGUGGUUCUCGAAGCCCCUCAAGGCCUUGAAGGCCAGCCAGACCCGCGGCAUUUUGCCCAAAGGUGUCCCCGAGGUCGUCCCCGUGCGUUUCAACGAGGACCCUCUCCUCUCUGCCUUCCAUCCGUUGCAGGCGGGCAAUGCCGUCUCCGUCACCACGAGCUCCUCGGUUCUCCUCGCCUCCGUCCCCCACCUGUACCGGCUGGCCAACUCGCCUGUCGUGAUCCACGUGGCGUUGGAGCCCUAUCCCUUCCCGGAUUAUUCCGUGAUCAGCUCCAUCCGCCAGUGUGGUUUCUCCUUCCUCCACUCGGAGACCAUCCAGGAAGCGCAGGAUAUUGCGUUGACCGCCCAUGCUCUGGCCCGCAAGUCCGGCAAGGGUGUCAUCCACUUCUUCGAUCCGGCUAAUUCCGUGCGCGAUGAGCCCAUUGCGGAGGAGAAUGUCGAUAUCGUCCGGACCCUGUUGACCCUUGGUGGCAACGCUGCGGUCCACUCGGACGGCUCUGGUGUCCAAACUUUGUACACGGACAACGGCCGUGAGGCCACCGUGUCCGAGGAAGUCUCGGCGAACACCGCGACGGAGCAGACCGAGGCCCCGGCUCCGCUGGCGCAGCCGUCUCAGACCCCGUCCAGCGUGAGCGUCGAUGCGUCCUCGGUGGGCUCUUCGAAGCGGGACAGCAGCACAGACAGCCGUGCCCCUAGCUCGGUUGCCACGACCGUUGAGGCUUCCGCUCUGCGUGCCGUCAGCGCGGCGGAUAUCUUCGAGUGGACCGCUCAGAUCUGGCGGGUCCUGUCCGAGACAGUGGGGCGCGAAUACCACGCUAUUGAGUACACGGGGCCGGCGGACGCCACCUCGGCGAUCUUCGUCUUUGGCUCGACGGGUGUGUUCGUGGACAUCUUGUCCAAGGAGGACAUCCCCAGCGAACUCCAGAACGUCGGCUUGGUCACCGCGCGCCUGUAUCGGCCUUGGGUGGGCGGUCAGAUCGUCAAUUCGAUCCCCAGCUCCGUCCAGCAAAUCGCCGUGCUGGAGCAGGUCCGCAAGACCACCAGAUGGGGCCCCGCUUUCAUGGAUCUUCUGUCGGGCUCAACUCCCCCCACUGCCCGUGGAUCCAGCCCCAAGAUCGUCGGUUACCGAUUGGGGUAUGUUGAGCCGUCGACUGCGAUUCAGGCUCUGCGGGGAAUUGUCCAGAACUUGGAAUCUCCUUCCCCGAUCCAGAACCUCGAGAUCGGAAGCUCUAAGGUCCCCUCCCUCGAGACUCCCCUCGAGCAACCCCACAUCGAGAACGCGUACCUGAAGAUCCUGAACCAAUUGUUUGGGGAGCGUCUGCACAUUGCGAACCAGCUGGGCGCCAAGGAUGCCGGCGUGUCCUCGACCAUUGCGGCGACCCCCGAAUAUGGCUUCGGUGCCCUGAUGGCGCGCAUGGAACACCGCCAGCGCUUCGUCAAGGAAGUGGAGGAGGCGUCCAAGGCCACUGGCUUCGCGACGGAUGUCCCGAAGAACUGGCUCACCAAGUGGGCUCUCAACGUGGCCGACGCCUCCAAGGCCAACAAGCUCGCACCGGAUGUUAUUGCCCGUCUGUCGAAUGACGGUUCCCAGGUUUCCCGCACCCUCCUGAAGUCCAAGCAGCUGUUCUACGAUGAGUCCAAGUGGCUCAUUGGUUCGGAUGCCUGGGCUUACGAUCUGGGCAACUCGGGUGUCCACCACGUGCUCGCCUCCGGCGCCAACGUCAACAUGCUGGUGAUCGAUUCGCAGCCGUACUCGGAGCGUUCGGCGGCCGACCCGACUCGCCGCAAGAAGGACAUCGGUCUGUAUGCCAUGAACUUCGGCAACGCCUACGUGGCCUCGGUCGCGGUCUACGGCUCCUACACCCAGGUUCUGCAAGCCAUGGUGGAGGCUGAGCAGUACAAGGGUCCCUCCGUCGUGGUUGCCUACCUGCCCUACAACCAGGAGAACGACUCGGCCCUGACGGUCCUUCAGGAGACCAAGAAGGCGGUCGACCUCGGCUACUGGCCCCUGUACCGCUGGAACCCCGGCAAUGAGGAGAACGACGAGCCCAAGUUCUCGCUGGAUUCCGAUCGGAUCAAGCGCGAGCUGGAGGAGUUCCUCCGCCGGGACAACCAGCUCAGCCAGCUCAUGCGCCGCCACCCCAAGUUUUCGUCCGUGCUCUCGGAGUCGUACGGCACCGAGGUUCGCGACCUGCAGAAGCGCAAGGCUAAGGACUCGUACGAGAAGCUGCUGGAGGGUCUGUUCGGUGCCCCCUUGACCAUCCUCUUCGCCUCCGACAACGGCAACGCUCAGAAUAUCGCCAAGCGUCUGGGUAACCGCGGUCGCGCUCGUGGAUUGAAGACCAUGGUGUUGGCCAUGGAUGACUACCCGCUGGACGAUCUGCCCGCCGAGGAGAACGUGGUCUUCAUCUGCAGCACUGCUGGCCAGGGUGAAUUCCCCCAGAACGGCCGCAGUCUCUGGGAGCACGUCAAGAACUCUGGAGACCUGGACCUGUCCAACAUCAACUACUCCGUGUUUGGUCUCGGUGACAGCCACUACUGGCCCCGCAAGGAGGACCGGAUCUACUACAACAAGCCGGCCAAGGACCUGGACGCCCGGGUGGACUUCCUCGGCGGCCGCAAGCUGACUGACAUCGGUCUGGGCGAUGACCAGGAUCCCGAUGCCUUCCAGACUGGCUAUUCCGAGUGGGAGCCGCGCCUCUGGCAAGCUCUCGGCGUGGACAAGGUUGAGGGCCUGCCCGAGGAGCCCGCUCCGUUGACGAACGAGGACAUGAAGAUCCAGUCCAACUACCUGCGUGGCACCAUCGAAGAAGGCUUGCAGGACGAGACGACCGGUGCCAUCUCGGCGGUGGAUCAGCAGCUGACCAAGUUCCACGGAACCUACAUGCAGGAUGACCGCGACGUCCGUGAUGAGCGCAAGGCGCAAGGCCUGGAGCCCGCGUACAGCUUCAUGAUUCGCUGCCGUCUGCCCGGUGGUGUCGCGACCCCGACGCAGUGGCUGCAGAUGGACGCCAUCAGCAGUUCUCACGGCAACGAGACGAUGAAGCUGACGACGCGACAGACCUUCCAGUUCCACGGCGUCAUCAAGCGGAAUCUGCGCGGCGCCAUGCGUGCGAUCAACAAGUCGCUCAUGACGACCAUCGCGGCGUGCGGUGAUGUCAACCGUAACGUCAUGUGCAGUUCUCUCCCCGAGCUGUCGCAGUUCCACCGCGAGACGAACGCCGUGGCCAAGAGGAUCAGUGACCACCUGCUCCCGGCCACGACCGCCUACCACGAGAUCUGGCUCAAGGACGAGAAUGACAAGAAGGUCCAAGUCGCGGGUGACGCCGUCGUUGACCACGAGCCGCUCUACGGCCCCACCUAUCUGCCUCGCAAGUUCAAGAUCACGAUCGCCAUCCCUCCCCACAACGACACGGACGUCUACGCCCACGACAUCGGCCUCAUCGCCAUCAAGGGCGCCGACGGUUCCCUGGAGGGCUUCAACGUCCUCGCCGGUGGUGGCAUGGGUGCCACCCACAACAACAAGAAGACGUACCCCCAGACGGGCCGUAUGUUUGGCUACGUGCCCGCGGACCAGGCCCACAUCGCCUGCGAGAAGAUCAUGCUGGUCCAGCGUGACUUUGGGGAUCGCAAGAACCGCAAGCACGCCCGUAUGAAGUACACCAUCGACGACAUGGGCGUCGAGGUCUUCAAGGGCAAGGUCGUCGACCUCCUCCCGGAGAACAUCCGCUUCGCGGAGCCCCGCCCCUUCAAGUUCGCCUCCAACGUCGACACCUUUGGCUGGAUCAAGGACGAGACGGGCCUGAACCACUUCACCUGCUUCAUCGAGAACGGGCGGAUCGAAGACACGGCGGACUUCCGCAUGCGCACCGGCCUGCGCGAGCUGGCCCAGCUCAACAAGGGCGAGUUCCGCCUCACGGGCAACCAGCACCUGAUCAUCUCCAACAUCAAGGACGAAGACCUCCCCGCCGUCAAGGAGCACAUGGCGAAGUACAAGCUCGACAACACCUCCUUCAGCGGCCUGCGUCUGUCGUCCUCCGCGUGCGUCGCCUUCCCCACCUGCGGUCUCGCCAUGGCCGAAUCCGAGCGCUACCUCCCUAUCCUGAUCUCCAAGCUCGAGUCCACCCUCGAGGAGGUCGGUCUGGCGCAAGACAGCAUCGUCAUGCGCAUGACGGGCUGCCCCAACGGUUGCGCGCGACCCUGGCUCGCGGAGGUCGCCUUCGUCGGCAAGGCCUACGGCGCUUACAACAUGUACCUCGGCGGCGGCUACCACGGCCAGCGGCUGAACAAGCUCUUCCGCCAGUCAAUCAAGGAGGACGAGAUCCUGGAUAUCAUGAAGGGUCUGCUGAAGCGGUAUUCGCUUGAGCGGAACACCGACGGCGAAGAGCCCGAGCGCUUCGGCGAUUGGUGUAUUCGUGCGGGUGUCAUCAAUGAGACUAGUGAUGGCAUGAACUUCCAUGAAGGGGUUGCGGAAGAGGACGAAGACGACGAGUAAACGGACAUUACAAAAGGAUAUUACAAAAGGAGCAUUCUUGUAUUUUGUUAAAGCUUGGACUUGAGGACUUGAUCUCAUGACUUUUAUUUAGACAAUGAUAUCUUUAUUUCCA